GACUUGUUUAAGGACACGGUCACGAGCAUGUCCAUGGUCCAGGCGCGAGACAUUCACCAUGGCGCAGAGAAGGCUGGGUAUGAUGCGCAAUGCUACUGCCCUUGCAGGGCAACGUAUCGAUAGUUUCCUCACUCGGCUGCACCGCACAUUGUCAAAGACUGCCGGAGCUGAAGCAAUCCUCUACACGCUGUGCUUUACCCUGAUCUUCGUGCACGCAAGAUUACGGCAUACUCUCAACCGACAGUAUGACCGCUUGGCAUUCGCUGUUGCCACAAACGCGCCAUCCCCGCUGCUCCCGGGGGACACGAUGCUGGCUAUCAUUGAGCAGCCUUAUACUCACCCGUCAGAGCUCUCUGCUGGAGUAAAGGCGGCUGCUGGUCUCGUGGAAGACUUCUUGGUCUUCUCACGCCUACGCGGUUUGAUCAGCAUAUACAGCUGGGCGCGUGAGCACUAUAUGACGCCACCGGGCGAUGCUAUCCUCAAGCUACUUGUCUGGGCGCAGCUUGCUGCUAGCACGACGUUUCAGUUCCUGGAGAACGCAUUAUAUCUGGCUAGCAAGGGCGUACUAAGAGGUAAGGCUUGGGAAGAACGUCAGCCGAGAUGGUGGGUCUGGAGCAACCGAUUCUGGCUUGUGCACGUACUACUUGAGGGUCUGAGGCUCCUUCGUGUACGACAGUUACGCUACAAUGAGGACUUCGGCGCGAAAGUUCUGCCGCCUGGCAGUCAACAAUUUGACAGCGACAGCACGGGAGUCGUGGCUCAAAGCGAAGAGCUUAAACGGAAGUGGCAGCGCGACUUCUACGCAAACGCCGGCUGGUUCCCAUUGACGUUGCACUGGAGCUUUUACGAUGAGAACAAUAGCCCGCUCAACGAUACAUGGGUCGGUCUUUGUGGCUUGGUACCCGGUGUCAUAGCGCUGCGUGAAGCUUGGGAAGAGGCUAAGCAGUAAAAUUUUUCAUCUUCCUAGCCUGUCCAGCACAAUAUCAGGCUCGUUAACAGGUCUGCAGGACGUUCGCUGUCGUAGUGCUGACACCAUUUAGAGUGGUGAUAUUCGCUCUAUACCCCAAAGUCCCAAAGCAUAUAUCUGCGCCAUGAGUUGCGCACCGAGGCUGUCAGCAUCACCGUUACCGACCACGGCAGUGCUAGGCCGCGUAGAUUCCCUCACGUCGAGUGUUGUAACCCCUCUAUGCAUUCUAGUCGUCGUCAUGGUCAAGCUCCCCAACCUCUCCCAAGCCAUUGACAGCCAUCAAUUUCGGGAGCAUGUUCUGCGGCAG